CACGUUUAAACAUUCUAAAAACAGAACUUAAUUUGUCUAAAAAAAAAUUACUUUAAUAAAAAGGGAUUGACAGUAAACGGUCAUGGCUACUGAAAUAAAGAAAGUACUUCAUAUGAAUGAAGGGAGUGAUGAAACAAGUUAUGCAAAAUCAUCCUAUAUUCAGAAACAUGUGUUAUCAUUGACAAAAGCAAUAAAAGAAAAUGCCAUAAGAGAAAUUUAUUGUAAGGAACUUCCAACAACCUUAUGCAUGGCAGACUUGGGGUGUUCCUCAGCUGUGCAUAACACUUUGAAUGUUAUGAUUGACCUCAUUAACACCGUUGAAAAGGCCGCGCGACUAGCCGGAAAAAGGGGUCAAGAGUAUCAAGUUUACUUGAAUGAUCUUCCGGGGAAUGAUUUCAACUUAAUUUUUAGGUCAUUAGCUUGUUUUGAGGAUGAUCUUAAGAAGAAAGUUGGUGUUAAUUAUGGACAUUGUUUUGUUCAUGGUGUGCCUGGCUGUUUCUAUGGAAGACUUUUUCCUUCUAAUCACUUGCAUUUUGUUCAUUCUUCUUAUGGCCUCCAUUGGCUAUCUCAGAUACCAGAAGGAAUAGAAGACAACGAGAAUAAUAUAUACAUAGCAAGAACAAGCCCUCCUCAUGUUCUAAAAGCCUAUUCAGACCAAUUUAUGAAGGACUUUACCUCAUUUUUAAGAUGUAGGUCCCAAGAAGUAGUUAAUGGAGGUAUGAUGAUAAUAACAGUUUUGGGAAGGAAAAGUCUUAAACUCUAUAGUAAACAAGCUUGUUAUAUGUGGGACCUUCUUGCUAUGGCUCUCAAUGAUAUGCUGCUUCAGGGUUUGAUAGAGGAAGAGAAGCUACAUACAUUUAAUGUUCCUCAAUAUCCUCCAUCAGAGACAGAGUUAAGGUUAUUAGUGGAGAAAGAAGGAUCAUUUACAUUCAAUCAAGCACAAGUUUCUUAUGUUAAUUGGGAACCAAUGCAAAAUUACAACAACUCCAAUAAAGUUUCUGGCCAUUAUGACUUUUUUAAAUGCAUGAGAUCUGUAGUUGAACCCUUAAUCAAAAGUCAUUUUGGAGAAUUCAUCCUUGAGGAAUUGUUUUUGAGAUAUUGGAAAAAAAUUCAAGUCUCAAUGGAAAAUGAGAAAAAUGUCUUCAUCAAUGUGACUUUAUCCCUAACAAGAAAGGUCUGAAUCGAUACGUUAUUUUAGGGUCGUGUUUAAGAUAUGACGAAAUAAAAAGUCAUUUUAGACCAAUUAUAGAAAGAAGUUUUAGUAACAUAUUAAUGCAAUAAAAUUGAUUAUUAAGAAAUUAGGGUGUUUGUUACGAUAUAUGCUAAAUAAUGUAUGAUAUUGUAUAGUAAGUUAUUUACUUUUUGCAUAAGAAAUUAUUUUAGAUUUUUU